AGUUUCGGUGACCAAAGUAACACUACUACAGAGUUGUAUGAUUUUACAUAAAGAAAGCAGUGUUUUAUAAGCAUUUUUCGCUUGCUUCUGGAACGGGUUUCUCGUGCAAGGCGCAUGAAAUAGAAAACCCGGAGUGGACUCCAAGCCCAGUGAUUACAGAACGCUUUGGGCGUGGGAGGGGUCGCUCAUAUGGGUUGCUCCAGUCCGGCUUUUAGCAUGUUCGUUGCUUGGUGAGACUCGAAGCUUGACGCUUCGGCUUGUUUCGGAACUAAUUUCUUAGGCUGAGAAGAAAUGUACGAAAUAACUCGCCAAACUUUGCGUGAAACACGUCGGAUGACAUCCCUCUUGUUAAAGCAUUGUAUGGUGAUAACUGGAAAGGAAGUCCAUUCACUCAUUUACGAGACAGAACCAGCGUGGGACUAACGGUAGGCUGAAGCUUCGGGAUUCACGCGGAGAGGGAAACAAGAACUGCUCUAGAUAUACAAGACCUGCUCGAGACAAGAGGAGGGCACAGACAGGAGGAAGGGUGGAAUAAAACGAAAGAGGCAAAAAUGACUUGGAACUGUGUGGGAAGACAUGGGAGGAGCUUGCAAAGUACUUAGAUGUGUCCUAGCAGUGCCUCAGCACGAUGCUAAAAGUAAAAGAAGAGGACGAAUGCACCGUCGCAUUAACAGAGCAUUUGGCGGAUAUUCUUUAAAGUUCUGUCUUGUGGAACAUCCGCGUGACCGACGCGAGCAGCGCCGCGCCUGACGCUGGAUCAUCGGCUGCACUGGAGCUGGAGUCGCGGUGGCAUGCGUGGAUCAAAUAUUCCCGCACACACCAAUAACACUCUCGUGUCCUGAAAGAAAGAAAGCGAACAUUUCUCGUAAGAUGAUCUGGUUGUUGUUUUUGCUCCUCUGUGCUGCCGGCGUGUUGUCGUCUUCCACCCAGGUGGCCACCAUCUUCCCUCAAGACCCCGCUCUUCCCAUCGGCUCCAGCCUGACAGCCACAUGCUCCGUCAACCCAGACCACGGCGUUCACGCGGGCUCGCUCUAUUGGACGCUAAACGGGAAGCGUCUUCCCAGCAGCACCUACAGCGUCUUGAGCCCCAGCGUUCUGAGCGUCACCCUCCCGCGGCUCUCCGGCUCCCGCCAGCGCUCCGGAGACAACCUCGUGUGCCAUAACAGCGGGGGUCAUGUGCUGGCCGGCUCCUGCAUCUAUGUUGGCAUGCCUCCUGAGAAGCCCGUGAAUCUCACCUGCUGGUCCAGGAACACUAAAGACCUCACCUGUCGAUGGGCCCCUGGGGGCCAGGGAGAGACCUUCAUCAAGACCAAAUACACACUCAAAUAUAAGCUCAGGUGGUACGGACGAGAAAAGGAGUGUGAGGACUACAACGCGGGAGAGCCAUACACAUGCUACAUCCCCCGCGACCUCGCCCUCUUCACGCCCUACGAGAUAUGGGUGGAGGCCUCUAACCAACUCGGAACCGCAACAUCUGACGUCAUCUACUUGGAUAUCUUAGACGUGGUGACGACAGAUCCACCGACGGACGUGACAGUGAGUCGAGUGGGUGACCUGGAGGACCAGCUGACCGUGCGCUGGGGGACGCCGCCUGCACUGAAAGACUUUCUCUUUCAGGCCAAAUAUCAGAUCAGAUACAGACUGGAGGAGAGCAGCGACUGGAAGGUGGUGGAUGAUGUUGGGAACCAGACUUCCUGCAGGCUGGCGGGGUUGCGGCCGGGCACAGUGUAUUUUGUGCAGGUGCGCUGUAAUCCGGUAGGGAUUCUGGGAUCUAGGAAAGCAGGGAUUUGGAGUGGCUGGAGUCACCCUACUGCAGCCUCAACACCACACAGUGAGCGACUGCUGACGGGGUCAUGUGACUCGAAGGCAGGGCAGCAAAACUCCACGCUGCGGCGGGACUUGAAGCAGUUCUUCGGCUGGGUGCGCAAACACGCCUACGGCUGCAGCGGUAUGAGCAUCAAACUUUAUGAUCAGUGGCGGGUCUGGCUACAGAAAUCCCACAAAACACGCAACCAGGUUCUUCAAGGAGAUAAAUCAUAGCACGUCGCUCCUGGCAGGCAGAACAUUUAACAACAACAGCACACUGUGGAAGAAUUCACAUUUUCCAGACCGCUGCUUGGCUCAGUGCAAGAAAGUCAAAGUACAGCUGGACUCAAAACGGGAUGUUCAAACGACAAAAGGUGACGGGCAUUUUGUCCCUGGGACACAGAUUGAAUUGUGCAGUUCUCUAUAGUGCCUUAUUAUACAGGAAAACAAACUGAAUCAUGUCACGUGGACUAUAUUCGUGGAGACAAGUUCUUGAUUGUGUCGGGGAGCGAUUAAUUACAGGUCAUAAUUUGCACAUUUACUUAGAUGAUGGCUAUGCACGAGCCAGACGUGACACAUGGUCUGUACGUGGACCUGUGAUGUUUUCAGAUCUUGCUAACUUCAGCCAACCUGUAUGUUAAAAAGGUUCCUCAUGGACAAAUGGAAAAUGCCUGGAUGUUUUUCAGCCAACGGUUUGUGUAACUUCAAGACUGGAAAUGAAUAGUCAGACCAUCCAUUUUCACCAAAGGUACCUAUCAUGAAUGUUGGAGUGUGACAGUUGUGACUAUACUAAAGAAUCUGACAGGUAUACCUCACAGAACAACUUGCCACUUUUAGUCUCCUAUUUCUAACUAGUCGUUGUUGCAAUGCAAUGCUGAACAUAUCAAUACAUAGAAACAGACCUAUGAAACUGACACUCACUAUAUUCAGGAUCUACACCACGACAAAGUUAACAUGUUGGAAACAUAGAGUGGACUCAUAAAACGGCCAUUUAAUGAAUGGAGAGGAAAGUUUUGGCCAACCGAUGUUGCGGUUACAGAACUGUAACUGUGUUUGUAGCAUUGAACUGUUUGAAAAUAAUUUUAUGUAUUGAGACAUUUUACUGCUUUUAUUUUUGUACUGAAUUGUAUCCGCAUAUUUAAAUUUAAAGUUAUGUUUUGUCUCUUUAAGUUAAUUGUAGGUAGAUUAUAUUAUUAUUGACUGAAUUGUUAAACCCUAAUAUUGUUCAUAAAAUCCUUCUUUGAGAUAAAACUUAUGAACUUUUGAACUUUUUGACAGAAAAAUAAGUCAGUAUUUUUGUCUUAUAAACAUAUCUAGGAAUCAUACAAAGCAAGAUAAUUCCACUUGUUGUCAAAAGUACUGACUUCAAUACCAAGUCGGUACUGAAAUUUAAAAAAUGUGACACUUUGAGUACUGUUGAGCGGAUUUGUAAACACCUCUGAUUGGCCAUUGUGUUGAUGCCCUCAACAGAUAUGUCUGUGAUUACGUGUGUGUAAGCGCUGGGUGAAGAGCAUCAAAGAUGUCUAUUUAUAACAUGUUUUUGAAGCGUUGAUCAUUGUAGCCAAUCACAGACAUAUCUGUUGAGCGCUUGAACUCAAUGGCCAAUCAGAGACAUAUCUGUUGAGUGCGUGAACUCAAUGUCCAAUCACAGGCAUAUCUGUUGAGUGCGUGAACUCAAUGGCCAAUCAGAGACAUAUCUGUUGAGUGCGUGAACUCAAUGGCCAAUCACAGACAUAUCUGUUGAGCGUGUGAACUCAAUGGCCAAUCAGAGACAUAUCUGUUGAGUGCGUGAAUUCAGUGUCCAAUCACAGGCAUAUCUGUUGAGCGUGUGAACUCAAUGGCCAAUCAGAGACAUAUUUCGUGCCGAAGUCUGUACUUUUGACAACACUUCUUCAGAAUUUUUUUUUUUUUUAAGAUAGUAAGACUUGUUUUCAGAGUCCACAUAUGUUUGUAUUUCUUGUUUUAAGCUUUAAGAUCAACACAUUUUGUUAGAUGUAUGCUUAAACAAGUAAAAGACAAUUAGGGUAAAAAGAAAUCAUUUUACAUCUUUACUUUUUACAUCUUUUAGGUAUAUACUCUGAAAACAAGACUAUAAGUUAAUCUUUUUCCCUCAAGGUUAUGUUUAUGGAUGUUUAGAUAUUUUUACUUAGAAAUCAAGACAACAAUACUGGUUUUGAAACUUUUUAAGAAGUACAAAAAUUCCAAACAGAUUCAGAAAUGCCAGUAAUCACAACUGCACAAAGCAGAAGUGUUUUGCCAGAGCGUGAUUCUCUACAGGGAAGAAGAUGAAUGUGUGUAGAGCAGUUGUCUGGUUAAAUUAGCGCUCUUACACUGGCCUCUUCCACGGUCAGUAUUUCACUUUUCCCUAAGUGACACCCACAAAGAACAAAAAAUAAAACGCUUUAGGCCAUUGGGUUUAGAGUCCUUAA